UCGUCACUUUUAUCCGCACACAUAUGCAAAGUUCCUUACACAGCUAGUCAAUUAACUAAGCAAAAAAAAAAAAUUAAUCAACUUAUUUAGAAAAUAUGGCGAAAAGACAAAAGCCCAAGUUCAUAGAUGCAAUACUACAACAAGAUGAGAAGUUAACCAAAAAAGUGGUGGGCCAUUUACUCAGUUCCACAUCACUCAAAUCUUUAAAAACGCACUGCAAAGCUCUGGAAAUCUCAUGCAAUGGAAUUGUGUGGUUGGCAUGUUGGAUAGCCCUCAUAUGGCUACUAAAUGACAAGGAACGCUAUGAAUCGCAACUGAACAUGAUGAUCGGCCUUAUAUUUGAUAUUGUAGUAAUAGCGGUAAUGAAAGCUGCAUUUAGGCGACGAAGGCCGACACCCUGUACUGACAUGAUGACAAUUGGCCCCGAUAAGUUUAGCUUUCCCUCCGGCCAUGCCUCAAGGGCUGUGUUUGUCACCAUGUUCUUUAUUUAUUUAAGUCCCAUAUCGGCCAUUUGGUGGAUGCCUUUGCUGGCAUGGUGCACCGCGGUAUGUUUAUCUCGCAUCAUUAUUCAGCGACACUACAUCCUAGAUGUUUUGGUCGGCGUUGUAGUCGGUUGCCUGGAGGCUGGUGUUAUCUGCAUUUUGUGGAUUGGAAAAGAUGCUGCCCAAAGUAUUAUUAGCUCAAUGUCCAAUGAUAAUUUGCCAGGAGGUGAAGAUGAAUGAGAGAUUACAGCGAAGCGAUAUUCUUUUGCUUUUUACACAUUUGACCUUGUACAUAAAAUCAAUUUCUUCUAAAGUAGAGUUUCAUAAAAAAAUGUAGAGUUUCAUAAAAAAACAAUUUAUUACUAAUGUAAACAAGAAAAUGAUACAAGAAAAUAAAUACUACUGGUAAUAUUUCACAGAGA